AUGCGUGAAUCUAAAGGUGGAAUUGAUUGGUGGCGAUAUCAAAAGGAAGUUCUUAUCCCUAAACUUAUUCCUUUCGCAAGAGACUGUAUGAUGGAGAGACCUAAUACCAUUAUCCUUGAGGAUGGUGCACCUGCCCACCGUCACCACUAUCAGCAAUUAGUACACGACAAGUAUCAUGUUCAAAAGAUGCUAGAUUGGCCUGGUAAUUCGCCAGAUCUAAAUGCAAUCGAGCCAACCUGGAUCUGGCUUAAGCGACGAACGACAGUAAGAGGGGCUCCUCGUGAUAAGAAGACUGCAAAAGUGGCUUGGAUCAAGGCCUGGAAUGAUCUCCCUCAAAAGCAGAUCCAGGACUGGAUCGAACGUCUUAUUCGCCAUGUACAGGAGGUCAUUCGACUAGAAGGAGGGAAUGAGCAUUGUGAGGGCCGUAAUGAGAAGGAUAAGCGUCGAAACUGGAAAGGAUACCGGUUGAAAGGCAAGCUCUCACGCGUCAGGAUCUAG